AAGGUUUGCCAACAAUGGCUCAUCCCGGCACCACCAAAAAGGAACCCACUGCUGCUGGACACAGCAUACCAGGCCUUUCAGUGCCACCCUCAGUAAAAGUAUCACCGGGAGGAAAGCCAGGCGGCCCUAGAGUCAUUGGGUUUGGAUCUCCUAUGAAACGGAUCAGUACGAGUGCUACGCCGUCAGUAUCCCCCAAGGCUAGUAGUCAACCACACACAUCCGCAUACACACCCUCACCAUCGAGGCCAGCGACUGACCCGCGGCCACACACCACCACAAUAUCCGCUACCCGCACGGUGAAGGAUGAGCCAGGUAUCACACGCUUGGGUCGUAGUGGGGAGGACGACACAGACACACAGAUACAGACACACAGUACACAGCCGCAGAAGAAUGCACAGCCACGGGACAGCCUGCUGGACUUGUUCUCCGAUAGUGACUCCGAUGCCGGCAAGGGCAAGGGCAAGGGCAAAACCAAGGCCAAGGCUUCACAGAAACCCGCAGCAAAGGCACCACAGCCAUCCACGGGGGGAAACGGGUUCACCUCCAGCAUGCACACCUCAGACCGGCAAGCGCAUGUCGCCCGUCCUGCAAGUGUCAGAGGGACUGGCAGAAAGAAGCCAGCACCGCCGGUCCUGCCGGUCCUGCCCUCAAGUAGCGAGGAGGACCAGGAUGUGGACAAUCUCUUCUCCAGCAUCUACACGAUGGGUGGGGCGAGCCCAGUACACGCCCCCAGUCGGAGCAAGGCUAAAAUGAGCACACGUGCGCCGGCGAAGAGAACGGCAAAAUCACCGACCAAGAAAAGGGCCUCCCGGGCGCCCGCGAGCAAGCGGAAGCGUCGAAGGACAGACAGCAGUGGGAGCGAAGAGUUCGAGGGUUACAAUACGGACGACAUGAUAGACGACGGGUCGGACGAGAGUGUGGACUCGGUCGACAGCGAGACUCAGCGCGUGUACAGUAGCAUCACCAACAAGAUCCGGCAGGAACAGCAGGACAGGAUAGAGGCCGACAAGACAUACAGGCUGCGGCUGCUCGCUGCCAAGCUAGUUAAAAAGAACAAACCACGGGCGUUGCAGG